CUCAGUAUAAAAGCCAAAGCCAGAGGAGAAAAAUAACUUUUCCUUCAAAGUUGCAGCAGCUGGAAGUCUUAUUUGGAGUUAACGGACCCGCGGGCCGCUGCGUAAAGGUGGUGCGCACUUAACGGGAGGCGUAAAGUUUGACCAGAGGCAGAGAUUAGAGAACCAAAGUAAACUCGAUUGCAAGGUUCAACUUACUGUACAAACAAAGAACUUUUGCGAGUCUAAAGUCCGCUGAAGAUGGCAGAAGGUGACUUUUACACGAUGGGAAACCGGCAGCGGUUUCCUAGAGACCCGUUUGGAGAAUCGCCGUUCCGGGAUCAGUCGCCGUUCCGGGAUCAGCUCGCAUCCCGAUUCAUGGAGGAUGAAUUCGGGAUGCCGCCUUUCCCCGACGACCUCGGGAUGGACUGGCCCGGUUGGGCUCGACCCGGCCGGCUUAGCACGCGCCUCGGCCAGUCGCCCUUUGGCGGCGGUUUACGCACAGGGUUCCCCACGCGUCACUCCACGGGAGGCCCCGCUCUUUACACCAGCAGGUACGGCGAGCCGUCCCCACGCAGCUCCCCCACGACCACAGGUGGCGAGCCCUGGAAGGUGUGCGUGAACGUCCACAGCUUCAAGCCAGAGGAGUUAAACGUUAAGACCAGAGACGGUUUUGUAGAGGUCUCAGGAAAACAUGAAGAAAAACAGGAGGAAGGAGGGAUUGUGACAAAGAAUUUCACAAAGAAGAUACAGAUCCCCACCGAUGUGGACCCCCUGACAGUCUUCGCUUCCUUAUCGCCUGAGGGUGUCCUCAUCAUCGAGGCUCGGCAGACCCCACCGUACUACCUCUUUAGCAGCGAAGAGUCCCCAGGAGGAGAAAUUCAGGAAGUAGAGGCUCCGAAACCCCAAGAGGCCCCAGCAGUCUAAACUGGCACCCCCGACUAACAUGAUCACAUAAAUCUACAUAAUCAGUUAUGAGUUUGAAAUAAAAACUGCUCACUGAACUGCCAUCUUAUUUAAACACUUAGAGAAGAAAAUCUGAAAUAUUUUAGGGCAGGGAAUUC